AGCCACUAGUAUGCACAGCGUUUCGGGCAGAAAUAAAUUAUACCUUUUCAUUUUCGACCGUAAUGCUCCACACUUGAUCAAGUACUCCGCUUUGAAUAUGAAAUCCGCACCUCUCUUAGAAACAGUAAAUUUUGUAUUGUUCUCUAUCUAGACCUUAAAGGAGCUUUCGAUAGCAUUCCUCGUACUUGCCUCUCAGCAAAGGUUGCACGUUUAGGCAUACAGGGAAGAUUACUUCUGUGGCUACAGUCCUAUCUCACGAAUAAGACCUCCAAAUUUUAUAUACAAGCUAACACCAAAAUGACAAUUUACAACUUCUACCUGUUUGAUCGUGAAGGCCAGCUUCUGCAUUAUGCUGAAUGGAUACGCAAGAAGCAGUCUGGAAUGGCAAGAGAUGAGGAAGCUAAGCUGAUGUAUGGAAUGAUAUUCUCUAUCAAAUCAUUUGUUACAAAGGUCUCCCCUGUGGAUCUGCGAGAGGGCUACCUUACAUACACCACCAACAAGUACCGCCUCAACCUUUACGAGACACCAUCACGAUACAAGUUCAUCCUUAAUACUGAUAUCCAUGCUCAGGGUAUAAAAGAGCUUCUUCAUCAGAUAUACACACAAGUGUUCGUGGAGUAUGUAGUCUGCAAUCCACUAUGUCCACUCACUAAACCUAUUGAGAGUGAAUUAUUUGCUGCUAAACUUGAAGAAGUUGUUAAACAAAGUCCUGCAUAUGCAUCAAGACCAGCAUAAGCAUGGUAAAGCAAUAAUUUUGGAAGUCCUCAUUCUAAGAAAGUGAAGAUACUGUGUGAACAUCUUCAAUGAAGAUAUUGUAUUGUAAUUGUAAGUUUUGUUUGUUCAAAAUAAUUAACAGGAUUGAAGAAAAUUAAAAAAAAAAAAGGUGCAGACGAGCCAUGUCUAAUCUGAAUUUAACUGAAUUGUAAACUGUAAUGCAAUGAAUGCACAGUUUGUCACACCUUUAUAUACAAAAUUUAGUUCAAAUAAUGCUGUUUAGCGUUUGAAGUGAAGGGAGAAAAUAGAAAUGCCUCUGGAAUGGUACAGUACAUGUUGAUAGCAGUUAAUUUUGCUAGGAGGUUAUAGAGUUUUUAAUGUCUUUUUUUUUGGUAUUUGUAUUAGGGAUAAAAGGAAUUUUUGUUGUUGUUUUUUUAGGGGGGAUUUGUAGUUUUUAAAGUUUAGGUAAGGUGAUUGAUUACUGAUUAACUGAUUAACACAUGACAUUUUAACAAAUAUACGGUACUUCUUAGUGGUACAGCUACUUUCUGUUUGUAACUUUGUCAUUACAUUUUACAGCUGUAAGUGGAAGGUAAAGUUUCUGGCGUCCAAACCCAUAAUGUGAACUUUGGUAUUCAAAGUUAUAUUUAAACUCCAUUAUGGAAAUACUGAUGGUAUGUAUAGCAAGAUGAGACAUUUAUCUAUAAAUUAACACCACAGUCAUGCCUGUAGAUGAAACACAAAGAUAGUAACCAACAUACAUGGUUGGAUGGAUAUAAAGUUAAUGCAAUGUGUUUGGCCCCCAGGUGAAGGUAUCUGGAUGGAUAGACAUGUUACAUAUUUUAAGGGAAUUUUGGCAGUAUAAUCAUGUACAGUAUAUUAUGGUCUAUGCACGAAAUCUAUGAUCUGUGAGGCUGAUCACAUUAAUGGUGAAAAACCACAAUGAAAGGCAAGUACAGUACAGUAAUGCUGAAGUGCUUUUAGGCUGUCAGGGCUGUCUUCAGUAGCAAGAAUUGAGGGAACAAGGAAGAAAGGGGAAAAUAUAUGGAGGGCCAGCCUGGCCCUCCAUAUAUUAUAUCCUCUGGCCCUUAGUAUACUGUAUCAUAAAAAAAUAGUUAUUUUUCCAUGUGUUCUUAAAUGCAACUUUAAAAUGAGAUAAAACCUGUAGUUUCCUAUAACCUGUUCUUGUAUGGUUCCUUGUGUCCCAUACAGUACUGCCUUAUCUAACCAUCUGGCAUUUCCGACGAUUUUCAAAGGAUUACCAUAGCAUGACCUUUUGUUCUCGCCAGCUUCUUCCCACUCCACUUGUGGUGUCUAAGUUGGUCCACCAUAUGUUCUCUCCCUUGUUUCUGUACUCUUGCUACUGAAGACAGCCCUGACAGGUUGAAAGCUCUUUGGCAUUACUUGCAUUUCGUUGUAGUUUUAGCAUUAUUGUCUACAUUAUGCCCUCUUUGCUUCAAUACUAUUAGAAAACUUUCCUAUAAUAAGACAUCCGGAUCCUGCAAGUUUUGCUUCCCAAGGGUGCGAAAACCAAAAACUUCACCUUACUGCUCAGGUUGGAAACUUGGUUCACUGGUUUAGAGCUGGUAAUAUGUCUUAUUAAGUACAGUAAUACAUAAAUAAUACUGAAAGCCAUCUACAGAAAACAAUAUUCAGUAGUACAAUUGUUUCAGAAUUUAAACAGAAUUUGUAGGCAUACUAUUACAGGGUAGUUUAGUUCGGUUCACUAAUAUGCAUCCAAUACCCAUCUUCCAAAUGGUCCUGCAAAGGUUAGAGGCACAUAAUGGGUUCAGGAACUGAAUUCUAGUAUUUGACUCUGACAUAUUAUAUAAAACCAAAAAAUAUUUACAGGAAUGAGAAAUGAAAACGUGGUAUGCAUGUGUGUUGAUUUAUAUAAACAGUAUGUAUGAUGUCAGAUGUCAGUUCGACUUUCUACUGUCUUGACAAAAUAAAAUAUUACUAAAGUUUA